AUGUCAUCUGGAGCUAAUGCGGGCCUCACCACGGUGGCUGGUUGCAACCACUUCUUCCAAGAAGUCUUGUGUUAUCGCUUCUUCUUCAAUUUCACAGGAAGAAUGAUGAACAAAACAGACAUGUGGGCCACACGGUGUGCUUCAAUGUCUAAAGAUGAUAACUCUUCACAGGAUUCUUCAUCUGAUCUUGAAUUGGCUCUCUCCUUGACCCUCUCUCCCUAUGCCACAGCUUCCUCAUUCAGUAGGACUACUAUUCUCACUUCUGGGACAAAGAGACCUGCCUCUGCCUCUAAUUCUGAUUCUGAUUCGGAUUCUGUUCUUCCUGCUACCCCUCCCAGUCAAGUUGUUGGAUGGCCUCCCCUUGGAGCAUAUAGAAUGAACAACUAUAAUAGCCAUGCAAAGUCACCAGCUACGGAAGUUUUCAAUUCUACAGUUGACAAAAGAGCAAGCAGUAGUUCUGGGGUUAGGAAGAGUGCAGAUGGUGGCAGUGAUAGUAACAACACUGUUUCCAAAGAAAAUGGAAAUCACAGGAAUUCCCUGUUUGUGAAAGUAAAAAUGGAUGGAAUACCAAUCGGAAGGAAGGUUGAUUUGAAUGCUCAUGGUUCCUAUGAAACCUUAGCUCAAACUUUGGAGGAAAUGUUUGAAGAAUCAACUACAGUCCUCACUAACAAAGGAUCAAAUGGAGAAGAUGACAGUAGUAUAGUUGGAGCAGAUGGGCAUUCAAAAUGGCUGGAUGGUUCUUCUGACUUUGUCCUCACUUAUGAAGACAAGGAAGGAGACUGGAUGCUUGUUGGAGAUGUUCCAUGGUGGACCUCUUGUUUUAUCUGGUUUGAUGCUUUUGUACCAUUUUUCCUUGCAAUUGCAAUCAGGAUGUUCCUUCAGUCUGUGAGGAGGCUAAGAAUCAUGAGGACACAUGAAGCUAAUGGACUUGCUCCAAGAUCAAAAUGCAACCUCAUAUAG